ACUCGCUUAACCUCACAUGCAUGAGAUUUGCAAAAAAACUCGUCUUCGAAUGGUUUUCAUCCAAUGUUUGUAAUUUUAAUGUAAAUUUUACCGCGUCCACCUACUGAUUGUGUCACUAUUUGUGUCAAAGAAUGGAAACUGAAGGGCAACAUGUCAUGGAUAAUACAAAUCAGUCGAUAAAUGAAGCAGGCGUCCAUGAUAAAUUUUGCUGGGAAUGUCAUGAAAAAGGAAAGAAGAAAUUCAAUUGUACAACUUGUUUUCGAUCAUUCCACGAAAAAUGUCUCAAGACUAUUAACCAAAGCAAUUGCGUAAAUCAAGAGGAAAAUACGUUGAUUUGUUCGGUUUGCCUCUCGUUGAAUCAACCAAAAACUGAUUUUGUCGACAAACAGUCGGUUUUCGAUCUACUGAAGCAUGCAAUGGCAAAAAUUAAACGCGAUCCCUAUUUUAAGGUGUUGAAGCACCUGGAUGGCAUCAUCGCAAUGGCUAAUGUAAUGGACCUGAAUAAAAUCAACCAAAAGAUGAACAGUCGACUCUAUGAUAGUCCAAAUGCAUUUCUCGAGGAUAUCAACAGUGUUUAUCAUGUCUGCAGCAGUGCCAAGCAACACAAAGUUGAAGCCGGGUAUCUGGUGAAAAUGUGCACGUCCGAAGUUGAAAAUAUGCUCAACUGCGCGAAUUGUUAUAAAAACAUGCACACCAAGACGAAUUGGUGGACGUUAGCAUGUUAUCAGCCGCAUCUCGUAGUGUGGGUUAAAUUCAAUCGCAACUCUGGCUAUUGGCCAACCGAAAAAGGUUACACACAUUGGCCGGCAAAAGUUGUGGCUGCUGAUCGAAAAAAUCUCAAAGUCAUUUUCUUUGAUGGCUCGGAUGUGAUUGAAAUUCCUCGGAACAAUUGCUUCUCAUACUCAACAACGGUUCCAGAAGCCAAACUAAUGUCGAAUUCAAAGGACAUGGAUGAUGUGUUGGAAAUGGUGAAUUUGUACGCCCAAAACAUCCGCCAAACAUUUGGUCGUUUCCAGGCCAAUUCGGAAUCUAUUCCAUUCAACCAACGUCCAUUCAUUACACAUAUGCAGAGAAUGUUUCCCGACUAUAUAACCAGUGUCAUUAGUAACCGUCGUGGAAUCAGUAGAGAGCUCGACUCAAGUGAUGAAUAUGAAUUCGAUGAUCGCAACGAUAGAUCCAAUGACACCAAUGAUAUUUCAAAGAAAGUUCGACGAGUCCAUGUAAAUUACAGCGGAAAGAACGCUGCCAAUGAUGCCAACCCCAUGCCAAUACGUGCUACAAGCAACUCAUUCAGUGUACCCUAUUUCGAUCAAUAUUUGCAGUCACUCGAACUUGAUGAAGCCGGCGGAUUCAAUGAUGCCAAUGAAAUUCCGAAGAAAAUUCGACGGCUGUCUAAGGAGAGCAUUCCGAUCAAUCGCACAUCAAUUCCAAAUGCCAGCCAGUUGGAUUUGAUUUACAAACUGGACUUCACCGAAAAUGUCACUGAUGUCGAACCAUCAGAUAUUCAGCUAAAUGAAUUGAAUAAAAGCAUCGAACUAAUGACGAAUUUUAGGAAUCGUGUUACGAAUUCGGCAAAAACAAACCGAUUGACCAUUCAAGCAUUGCGCCAUGAAUUGGAAACAUUGAAAAAAUCACAGGCCGAGUGUGAAGCGAAAAAUGAACGUCAUCUGGCAAAAAUAAGAGAAGAACAUGUUGAAGAAAUAGCGGCAUUGAAGAAGGCGCACGAUGAAACCGUAGCUACGGCCAAGACAGAAUUUGAUAAGCUCGAAAAAGAUAAAGAACUUAUACACAGAGGGCUAGAAACUAUGUUGGUAAAAGAUGCCAAAUCCAACGAAGAUCACAACCGUGUAUUGGACGAAUUGCACAAAAAGCAUGACAAACAAUUGCAUUGCGAAUAUCAAAAAUUGAAAACGGAACAUGAAAAAGUCACGAAAUUGGAAAAGAAACUUCAGAAUGCCAUCGAUGAACGAAUUAAUGGUGAGGCACAGCUCAUGCAGAAAUACAAUCAGACUGUUAACAAUCUCAGAGUAGAAGCCAAAAAGUGCAAGAGCUGUGGCGAAUCCAAAUCCGAGCUGUUCUGCAGUUCAUUGUGCGAAAGUCUAUGGACAGGCGAUAAGAAGAACUGAUAGACUGAUCGACUUCCCCAACGAUUCAUAACCGGUUAUCAAUCGACCUACAGCGAUGCAACAUUUUAACCUUAUAUUUUAAAGAAAUUUUUAAAUUUCAAAUCAUUUUCAUCAAUCACAUUAUUCUUUUAUUAUUUUUAUAAUAACAAUAUGCUUCCAAAUUACAUAAAUCACCCAUAAAGUGCUUUUUCUAAAAAUC